AUCAUAAAGCUAACGAAGAGAAUUGAGAGAGAGAAGUAGAUAAAAACCUUCUCGGAGAUUUCACAGAAGAAACAAACUCGUCGGAGAAUUCAGUACUCACCGGAGAAGAAGAAGAAGAUGUCGUGGCAAUCAUACGUCGAUGAGCACCUUUUGUGUGAUGUCGAAGGCCACACGCUCACCGCCGCCGCAAUUCUCGGUCAAGACGGCAGUGUCUGGGCUCAGAGCGCCAAAUUUCCUCAGUUGAAGCCUCAAGAAAUCGAUGGAAUCAAGAAGGACUUUGAGGAGGCCGGGUUUCUUGCCCCAACCGGACUAUUUCUUGGUGGCGAAAAAUACAUGGUUAUCCAAGGUGAACAAGGAGCUGUCAUCCGAGGGAAGAAGGGACCUGGAGGCGUCACUAUCAAGAAGACAAACCAAGCUCUAGUCUUUGGCAUCUAUGAUGAACCAAUGACUGGAGGUCAAUGCAACUUGGUUGUGGAAAGGCUCGGGGAUUACCUCAUCGAGUCUGAACUCUAAACCAAGGUUUCGUUUCAGGUUCUUCUUAACUAAAAAGAGUGUCAAUGCCCUUUUAUUGUGAUUGAUUGUAAUGCUUUCAAACACAAUCAAUUGUUACUUUAGAA